AUGGAUACCGUCGUGGCGGGAGCCCUUGCGGCCUUUUCGGUCGACCUGCUCAUCUACCCGCUCGACACGCUCAAGACCCGCCUCCAGGCCCCGGACUAUGCGACACGCUUCCCCGCCGGCCGCGGGCUCUACUCGGGCCUCUACCAGGGCGUCGGGAGCGUCAUUGUGGCCACGCUGCCAGCGGCCGGCAUCUUUUUCACGACCUACGAACACUCCAAGAGCGCUCUGGCGGGCCCGUCGUCGCCCCUGCACAAUGCACCGGCCGGGUUGUCGCACCUGCUGGCGAGCUCGACGGCCGAGCUGGUCUCGUGCCUCGUCCUCACACCCGCCGAGGUCAUCAAGCAGCGUGCGCAGGUGACCAACCGGCAGAACAAGGCGGCUGCGGCAACAUCCUCGUCUUCUUCGUCAUCCAAGGGGUGCCCAGCGACGACGGCAGCAGAGGCGGUCAAGGAGACGGUCCAGAGGGCGCCCAGCGAUGCGUCCAAGGCCGAGGUAGCCAAGGAAGCGGCCAAAAACGCGGCCGACAAGGUGACAAAACGGGCGCCUCCCGGCAGCGCAGCGGCGACGGCGAGGCAGGUGGCCGAAGACGUGCGGAGCGGCGUGGACAAACUGGGUUCCUCGUCGGCCUCGGCGGCGAGGACGGGCGGCGGCGGGGCGUCGGCGGCCGUGUUGCGGCCAAUGGCCAGCACGUUUGCCCGAUCGUACAUGGCGCUGGCGGGGAGGAACCUGCCGUUUACGGCGCUCCAGUUCCCGCUCUACGAGUCGAUCCGGCAGCGGCUGUCGGAGCACGUGGGGCUGGCGGCGGGGACGCACGCGAGCGACGGCGAGGUCGACGACGUGCGCGAGUCGGAGUCGUUCCAGGCCAAGGCGCGGCGCGAGGGUGCGCGGGUCGAGGUCGAGUUCAUCAAGGCGGGCCUGGUGAGCGCCGGGAGCGCGGCGGUUGCCGGAUCGACGGCGGCGCUGGUGACGACGCCCAUUGACGUGGCCAAGACGCGGAUCAUGCUAUCGACGAGCGGCGGGGAAGCGGGCGGCGUGGUCGAGACGAUGCGCGGUAUCGCCGCCAAGGAAGGGUGGCGUGCCCUGUUCCGAGGGGGUGCGCUGCGGAGCGCGUGGACAGCGCUGGGCGCCGCCAUCUACCUUGGCAGCUACGAGUCCGGCAGGCUCUGGUGGCGAGACCGCCAGGCGCGCAAGCAGGAAUAA